AUGUCACACCACACAGAAUAUACAGUGCAACUGGUCAGCGAUGUUCUUCCCCAAAGAUACAGGCAUCUGCCACCACCAUCGGAGUUACUUCUCCUCCGAAUCUGUUUUCGACAACGUGCACACUUUAAUGGAUCUGUACAAGAAUCUCCGGAGAAUGUCGGCGUUUUUCCUCUAUUGCCUGAGAUUUUAUUUUCUGAGGACUCGGCAUGGAUGAUUUUAUCUCCGUGUCUUUUAAAUGUGGGAAUUCCGACCCAUCAUCACGAACGUCCUAUAGAUGACAUCAUCUCGUUCUAUCGGGAAAUUGGAACAAGUGAUGGUGGUGAGACACCCAUAAUCACUGCAAAUAUUUUGAUGGAGACAUGGUCAUGGGUGUCAAACGAUGAAACUGAAGCAGUCGCAAGGGUGAUGCAAGAAUCCAUGGAGCUUGGAAUGUUCAGGCCAGUGUCAGCAACCAAAUCAUCCAUUGAAGCCCUCGAUAAGGUGAGACUUGAUGGUUCAGGUUCCACGGAACAGUGUAUGAUUUGCUUGGAAACACUUUGUGAUGGGCAAGAAGCUAGUCGCAUGCCAUGUUCGCAUAAAUAUCAUAGAGACUGCAUUGUUCAGUGGCUAGAGACGAGCCAUUUGUGUCCGUUGUGCCGCUUCAAGAUGCCGACGAGACAGUAUUCAUGUUUAUAG